AUGAUCUGUUACCCUACCGACCACUGCCCUACCCCCCCACUGCCCUACCCCCCCCCCCCCCCGCUGCCCUACUCCCCACUGCCCUACCCCCCCGCUGCCCUACUCCCCACUGCCCUACCCCCCACUGCCCUACUCCCCACUGCCCUACCCCCUCCCGCUGCCCUACUCCCCACUGUCCUACCCCCCACUGCCCUACCCCCCCACUGCCCUACCUCCUACCCCCCACUGCCCUACCUCCUACCCCCCACUGCCCUACCUCCUACCCACACUGCCCUACCUCCUACCCCCCACUGCCCUACCCCCCACUGCCCUACCUCCUACCCCACACUGCCCUACCUCCUACUCCCCACUGCCCUACCUCCCACUGACCUACACCACACUGCCCUACCCCACACUGCCCUACCUCCUACCCUCCACUGCCCUACCCCCCCACUGCCCUACCUCCUACUCCCCACUGCCCUACCUCCUACCCCACACUGCCCUACCCCCCACUGCCCUACCCCCCACUGCCCUACCUCCUACCCCCCCACUGCCCUACCCCACACUGCCCUACUCCCCACUGCCCUACUCCCCACUGCCCUACCCCCCACUGCCCUACCUCCCACCCCCCACUGCCCUAACUCCCACCCCCCACUGCCCUAA